GGUAUGCAUCUCCUUCCGACCGAAAUUUCUCAAGAAGUUACGGACGUUUACCGUCCUUACAACCCUGCAGUUCAAAUAUAAGAUAUCAUAAAUGUAGUGAUACGUUUUAUAACUUACAACAGACAUGUCAGAUGAAAGCAAUCAGAAGAAGCAAUUGACCAUCCAGAAUGUAUGUAAGGCUUUGAAAUAUGCAUAUAGCAACAACAACAACAGGACGAAACAAAGUGCCUUGAAUUUCUUUCAAGCCCACUCUCAUCUUCUGCCUCGAACGCGGGAGUUGAUGAAGGGGUUCAUCAAACUUCCAAGAGAGUGUAUCUUGGAGCUUGUAGUCACUAGGAGAAUCAACCUAUCCCAGGAAGAAAUAUACACAGCUGUCAUUCAGUGGUCAGAAUGCCAGUGUGUUUUGCAGUCCAUGGAGCCUUCAGCAGAAAAUAAGAGGGAAAUUCUUGGGAGUAUUUUGAAGAAAAUUAAGUACACAAGCAUGAAUGUGGACUUCUUUAAUAAUGCUGUGGUGGAACAAAGAGUGUUGAGCGUGGAUGACAUCAUCAAAGUGUAUCAGAGACUGUUGGCAUCUCGCUCACAUGUGAUGGACACAAAUGCUGUAGGGAUUUCUCCAUCUUCAGAUGACUUCGAGGACUCAGAUGCUGAGCAGGCAGUCACAACUAAUUCAUUAAUUUCACUGCAAGAAACCCAUCUAACAACCACACCUAGACCAGUUCCGUUGCCUUUUUGGUUUGAAGCCCCAGAAGGGAAGAAUGUUCUUUAUCGUUUCGCAAAUGUUUUAGCAGGAAAGUCUUACCCCAAAAACUGUCUAGAUUCUUUAACGCUCAGUGUUUCAAAAAACAUAGCAUUACAUGGGAUUUACAUCUUUAACAGUCAUCAACUGCCCAUUCAGUUCAGAGUUUCCAUGAAAAUCACUGAGAAUGCCAAUGGCCAGCAAGAAGUUUUCUCAGUGACAAAUCACACGGUUUUUACUAAUGGAGAAUCUCGAGUGUUUUUACUAGACAUUAUUCCACCUGUAGACAUUCAAGCAGGAAUGAAGUAUGAUAUGGUGAUGGACCUGGAUAUCAAUGGUACAACAUUCUAUGGGGUUGAAGGUUUACCAGAGUUGAAGGAUAAUGAAAUAACAUUUAAGUUUAUGGCAAAUGAGUGUGGUUUGAAUGGAACAAAUCACAAAACUGGACAAUUUCCAUUUUUAGUCUAUUUACCAAAAUAAAGUUUAGACAUUGAUAAAUAUGUAAAGAUGGGUUAUAUUUAUGAAUCUUCCCAUUACAACAAUUGUGUUCAUUUUCUUGUGAAGCUGAUGUAUGAAGCUCUUGAUUAUUUAAGAAAUAAACAGCGAUUUAAAAAGUUCACCGGGAUAUGAAGUUGGUUGGUCACGUGAUCAAAUCCUGUGAAGCCCGAAGGACUUCUCGGUAGAUUUGAUCACGUAUCAACCAACUUCAUAUCCUGGUGAACUUUUCAAAAUUGCUGUUUAUUACUUAUAUUUACAUUUGAAAAAGACAAGUCGUCCAGAACUGUUAAAAUUACAGAGAUUAAGUUUACAAUAAUCCAAGCAACAAGCAAUAAGCGUGUGCUAUGAUCAUUGUGACGUCAUGAAAAAGUUCAUACAGAAUUGAGUGUUUUUGCUAUUCUAUAGGUUCAUAUAAGGAAACAUAUUUGCAAAUUUAAAUAUAGAAAAAUGAGCACUUUUAGACCCCACAGUUUACAACAUGUAGAUCAGAAUCUAGUUUUACAUCUACAAGAUUCAAGAUAAAUCUGAUCAUCAAUAGUAACAUAAAGCAAAGUCUUUAAAAACUGUCACAAAAAGACCUGGCAUGUUAACACACCUGUAUUCCCUGAUCUGUAGUGGUUUUACAUUUACAAUUUUAAAGUAGUCUUAUUCUCUGUACUAAACGGGUUCAAUCUUGAUAAACCUUAAUUUGAUUGUCUAGAAAUGGACACACAUGUAAUAUAAAAAAUAAUAAUAAACUGUAUUAAUUAAGCCGUCAUCUUUUUCUCUUUUAACAUUUUUUUUACCAUUCGAAUUUUAAAAAUUCACUGUUAAAGUAAACAAAAUAAAAGAGAAUACAUUUUUAGGUUUAAAUGCUGAAUUUUACUGAACAUACUCUUUAAAAUAUGCCACAUGGAUUUAUGUACAAGUCUAUUUACAGGAGACAACAUAUUUGUGUCCACACAACAGAUAUAUAGUAUAUAAUAAUACAAAAAACAAAAAUAAAUUGCACAAUUUGUGACAUGUCAACAAAGACAAUUAAGAGGAAUCUGCACACUACAAUGUAUUGCCCCCUUGUAUAAAAGAAUUUGAAUUGUAAUUCCAAUGUUGCAGAUAAAGUAUUCUAUUAGUGUAAUACUAAAGUGUGAAAAAUUAAAUAAUGUACUCAAAAGGAACCUGAUUAGAAAACAAGGCUUCAAGCUUUUUCAUUAGUAAUACAACAAAAUGUCCACUUCUCACAACUGCAUACCAUAAUCCAUACUACCAUAUUUCAAUACCCCACAACCCAAAAUUUGAUGGCAUACAGUUCCAAUUAUUAAAAUGUUGUCAAAAUUACCAGUAUGAGUUAUUAAAAUGAGUCUCAUGUCUAAAAAAACAAACAAGUAAACAAACAUAAUAAAAUUAUACAUACAUGUAGAUGUGCACAGAUUCCUCAUAAUUCUAUUCUUUUCACUUAACAAAAUGACAAAAAGCACAAGAAUAACAGGUCUAAUCUGCAUUCUAGCGUAAAAACAACAGCCCUGUACAAAGUCCCCUGCUACAAGAACAGUCUGUAUUUUCUCUUUUUUAUAUUUACAAAGAAAUGAUGCCAAUGUAUAUGUAAUUGAAACCAAAAAAAAAAAAAAAAACAA